CUCUUUGUGUGCGGGGUGGGUGGAUUAGCGGACGGGGCUGAAGCCGGAGCAUCAGUCGGUGGAGAUCCAGGAGAGAGGCACCCUCCCCCGGCUUGUGUGAGAGCCGAGUUGCGCUUUGGCCGGUCCGUUCGGUUUCGGGCGGACAUGAGAUUUGCGGACUGGGCUGUUUUGUGAGUGAACCCCCGUCGCCAUGACUACCCACGUGACCCUGGAGGAUGCCCUGUCCAAUGUGGACCUGCUGGAGGAGCUUCCGCUCCCGGACCAGCAGCCAUGCAUCGAGCCGCCGCCGUCCUCCAUCAUGUACCAGGCAAACUUUGACACCAACUUUGAGGACAGGAAUGCUUUCGUGACUGGUAUCGCCCGAUACAUUGAACAGGCCACUGUCCACUCCAGCAUGAAUGAGAUGCUGGAGGAGGGGCACGAGUACGCCGUCAUGCUGUACACCUGGAGGAGCUGCUCCAGAGCCAUACCUCAGGUGAAGUGCAACGAGCAGCCCAACAGGGUGGAGAUCUAUGAGAAGACUGUGGAGGUUCUGGAGCCUGAGGUCACCAAGCUCAUGAAGUUCAUGUACUUUCAGCGUAAGGCGAUUGAGCGGUUCUGCAGCGAGGUGAAGCGGCUGUGCCACGCUGAACGCAGGAAGGACUUCGUAUCUGAGGCAUACCUGCUGACCCUCGGCAAGUUCAUCAACAUGUUUGCAGUCCUGGAUGAGCUGAAGAACAUGAAGUGCAGCGUCAAGAACGACCACUCCGCUUAUAAAAGAGCUGCUCAGUUCCUCAGAAAGAUGGCUGAUCCGCAGUCUAUCCAGGAGUCCCAGAAUCUCUCCAUGUUCUUAGCCAAUCACAACAGAAUCACACAGUGCUUGCAUCAGCAGCUGGAGGUGAUUCCUGGCUAUGAGGAGCUGCUGGCUGACAUCGUUAACAUCUGUGUGGAUUACUACGAGAAUAAGAUGUACCUGACGCCCAGCGAGAAGCACAUGCUGCUGAAGGUGAUGGGUUUCGGGCUUUAUUUAAUGGAUGGAAAUGUGAGCAACAUCUACAAGCUGGAUGCAAAGAAGAGGAUAAACCUUGGAAAAAUAGACAAGUUCUUCAAGCUCCAGGUUGUGCCCCUCUUUGGUGAUAUGCAGAUUGAACUGUCCCGGUACAUUGAGACCAGCGCCCACUAUGAGGAGAACAAGUCGAAGUGGACCUGCACUCAGAGCAGCAUCAGCCCGCAGUAUAACCUGUGUGAGCAGAUGGUGCAGAUUCGAGAUGAUCACAUCCGCUUCAUCUCAGAGCUGGCACGCUACAGUAACAGCGAGGUGGUGACGGGCUCUGGGCUGGACAGCCAGAAGUCUGAUGAAGAGUACAAAGAGCUGUUCGACCUCGCCCUCAGAGGACUACAGCUGCUCUCCAAGUGGAGCACUCACGUCAUGGAAGUGUACUCGUGGAAGCUUGUGCACCCCACUGAUAAGUUCUGUAAUAAGGACUGUCCCGGCACUGCUGAGGAGUACGAGCGCGCCACCCGCUAUAACUACACCAGCGAGGAGAAGUUCGCCCUGGUGGAGGUGAUCGCCAUGAUCAAAGGCCUGCAGGUGCUGAUGGGCCGCAUGGAGAGCGUGUUCAACCAGGCCAUCAGAAACACCAUCUACGCCGCGCUGCAGGACUUCGCCCAGGUGACCCUGAGAGAGCCGCUCAGGCAGGCGGUGCGCAAGAAGAAGAACGUCCUCAUCAGUGUCCUUCAGGCCAUUCGGAAAACCAUCUGUGACUGGGAGGGAUCCAGAGAGCCACCCAAUGACCCCUGUCUGAGGGGAGAGAAGGACCCUAAGGGAGGUUUUGAUAUUAAAGUGCCCCGCCGUGCCGUUGGACCUUCAAGCACACAGCUCUACAUGGUGAGAACUAUGCUGGAAUCCCUGAUAGCAGACAAGAGCGGCUCGAAGAAGACCCUGCGCAGCAGCCUGGACGGCCCCAUCGUUCAGGCCAUCGAGGAUUUCCACAAGCAGUCCUUCUUCUACACCCAUCUGCUCAACUUCAGCGAGGCCCUGCAGCAGUGCUGUGACCUGUCUCAGCUGUGGUUCAGAGAGUUCUUCUUGGAGCUCACCAUGGGUCGCCGCAUCCAGUUCCCCAUCGAGAUGUCCAUGCCCUGGAUCCUCACUGACCACAUCCUGGAAACCAAAGAGCCUUCGAUGAUGGAGUAUGUGUUGUAUCCCCUGGAUCUUUAUAAUGACAGUGGAUACUACGCCCUCACCAAGUUCAAGAAGCAGUUUCUCUAUGAUGAGAUAGAAGCUGAGGUGAAUCUGUGUUUUGAUCAGUUUGUCUACAAACUGGCUGAUCAGAUAUUUGCGUACUACAAAGCGAUGGCUGGAAGUGUUCUCUUGGAUAAGCGUUUCCGGGCGGAGUGUAAGAACUAUGGUGUGAUCAUCCCGUAUCCCCCCUCCAACCGCUACGAGACCCUGCUGAAACAGAGACACGUACAGCUCCUGGGUCGCUCCAUUGACCUGAACAGGCUGAUCACCCAGAGGAUCUCUGCAGCCAUGUACAAGUCCUUGGACCAGGCCAUCAGCCGCUUUGAGAGUGAAGACCUCACCUCCAUAGUGGAGCUGGAGUGGCUUCUGGAGAUAAACAGACUGACCCAUCGGUUGCUGUCCAAACACAUGACCCUGGACAGUUUUGAUGCCAUGUUCCGGGAGGCCAAUCACAACGUGUCGGCGCCGUACGGCCGCAUCACACUACACGUCUUCUGGGAGCUCAACUUUGACUUUCUGCCAAACUACUGCUACAACGGCUCCACCAACAGAUUUGUGCGCACAGCGAUUCCCUUUACCCAGGAGCCUCAGAGGGAUAAGCCUGCCAAUGUUCAGCCUUACUACCUGUAUGGCUCUAAGCCUCUGAACAUCGCAUACUCCCACAUCUACAGCUCCUACAGGAACUUCGUGGGUCCCCCGCAUUUCAAAACCAUCUGCCGUCUGCUUGGAUACCAGGGCAUCGCUGUGGUGAUGGAGGAGCUGCUGAAGAUUGUAAAGAGUUUGCUGCAGGGCACUAUUCUGCAGUAUGUGAAGACUCUGAUAGAGGUGAUGCCGAAGAUCUGCCGGCUGCCUCGUCACGAGUAUGGAUCACCAGGUAUUCUGGAGUUCUUUCACCACCAGCUAAAGGACAUUAUUGAGUACGCUGAGCUGAAGACAGACGUUUUUCAGAGUCUGCGGGAGGUCGGCAACGCCAUCCUCUUCUGCCUCCUGAUAGAGCAAGCUCUGUCCCAGGAAGAAGUUUGUGACUUGCUUCACGCUGCCCCGUUUCAGAACAUCCUCCCCAGAGUCUACAUUAAAGAGGGCGAGAGGCUGGAGGUGAGGAUGAAGAGGCUGGAGGCGAAGUACGCUCCUCUGCACCUGGUUCCUCUCAUUGAGAGGCUUGGGACUCCACAGCAAAUCGCCAUCGCGCGAGAGGGAGACUUACUGACGAAGGAGCGUCUGUGCUGCGGUCUGUCGAUGUUCGAGGUCAUCCUCACGCGCAUCCGCAGCUUCCUGCAGGACAGCGUGUGGCGCGGCCCUCCGCCCACCAACGGCGUCAUGCACGUGGACGAGUGCAUGGAGUUCCACCGGCUCUGGAGCGCCAUGCAGUUUGUGUACUGCAUCCCUGUGGGCACGCACGAGUUCACCGCAGAGCAGUGUUUUGGGGAUGGACUGAACUGGGCUGGCUGUGCCAUCAUUGUGCUGUUGGGACAGCAGCGGCGCUUCGAUCUCUUCGAUUUCUGCUACCACCUCCUCAAGGUCCAGAGACAGGACGGCAAGGAUGAGAUCAUCAAGAAUGUGCCCCUGAAGAAGAUGGCGGACCGCAUCCGAAAGUAUCAGAUCCUCAACAACGAGAUCUUCGCCAUCCUCAACAAGUACAUGAAGGCUGUAGAGACGGACAGUUCCACAGUAGAGCAUGUUCGCUGCUUCCAGCCUCCUAUACACCAGUCCCUCGCCACCACAUGUUAAAAAAACACGCCUGCCACUGCCCCGCCUUCCUCUGGUGGGCGUCGGUUUGUGCUAACGCGAGCCCUUUGAAAGCUGAAGGUCCUUUACAAGCAUUUUUCAACCACUUUUCUUCAGUGGCAGACAUACCUCCUGCACACCUGUCCCAACAUUAGAUCCUUAAGUGAUUGGUCAGCUCGGUCUGUAUCAGCUGUCCUCUGAGCCUUCAGUCUCUGCAUUCAAUAACCUGUAAUAAAAGUCCUUAGAGAUCAGGAUCUUUCUGAAUCCAUUAAAAACACGUGCAAAAACGGUACAAGACGAAUAAAAAAAAAAGAAUAGCAUUUAUGUUUGAGUCGAAAUGAAAGAAAAUACGUAAAUAUUACUAUUAAAUUAACCAGAGCGGAUAUACUAGUUGAUAUUGUGAAUUUUAUUAUUUUAUUACUUUUGUUAUUUCUGUAAAGUUUCACAGCCAGACUCACUGAUCUCAAAUGAGCCUUAAGCCCUGUUUGGAUGGGAUUAGUUUAACAUGAGGAGGUGUAGUAGUGUAAUUUUACUAAAAGACAUCUGUAAAAUUUAUGAGUGAUAAGAAAUCGGGACAUAAUUAACUGAGAUGGGAGUAGCUACUCGAUUUACACACUUAGAAUCAGUUCACUCAUAGCCAUUUCUGCAGUGCUACCAGGAAGACCAGCCUUAUAUCUGCUUAAAUGGAGAGAGACCAAAAUAGUCUCAAUCUUAACAGUUUGUAGUGUUUGGAUUCAUAAUGCUGCACUUGCGCUGGUCUCUUUAUAUCAGCAUGUCUUUUGGAUUUGAUUGUUGUAAGUUGUUUAAAAUCUGAAAUUUACCACAGAUUUAAAAAAAAAAACGCCUCUUCAAGAGCCUCUAUACUUGAGAAAAAGUUUUUUAUUUGCCAAAAAUGUAUUCACACAAGAUUAAUAUAACCCAAGGUUGUUUUUAUGGCUCAUAAAUCUCUGAGAAACUUAAUAAUAAUAGUCACAUUAAUAAUUAGUAACAAUUACAAUAUCUCAGCUUCUAAUAUAAAACUACUUCCAUCCCAACAGGGCUGUAUAUAUUUUUUUCUCUUGUUUGUGAUGAUUUUUUCUUUUUUGCAUGCAACCCCACUCCCUCCAAACCCCACCCACUCCUUUAAACCCCACCCACAUCUUCAAAAAUCUUCUCAACAGUUUAUGUAUCCACAUCUUCACUCAACAGUCCACAUAAUGCCCAAAAAUCCACCGACAAGCAGCAAAAAACAGAAAGUCAGUUCACAGACACUAAACUUUAUUUAUCAGCCUUCACAUUUCUUCAAUACCCAGCGAUUCGUUUCCUCAUCUCUCUGCUUCAUAGAAUCAUUUUUACCUCCAUCUUUUCUACCUUCUGCCUAAAAAUUCCAUUGUAAAUGUCGCUGUUGGACAAAGUGAAGUAUUGAGCGUGGUACUUGUUCUUUUCUAUUAUUACGUAAAAUAUGUAUACUCAGUAUUUGCCUCAACUAUGGAAAAGAAGCCCCGUCUCUGGUUGCACUUAGUACCAUCUCAGUUUCUGGACUGCUUGUUUUAAUUAUGUUUUAGUUUUUACGUUUUAAAUACACAGCGUGUGCUUUAAAACAGUGGAGCUCUUAAUUGUGAACUCGCUAAAUCUUAAUUUCGAGGAAAAUGAAGGACGUUUUUUAUUGGAUACCUCUUUGUUGUUUGUUGUUUAUCACUGUAUCAGCCUGAGCACAACACAGACUCCGUGAGGAGAGGCCACUCCUGGUUUUAUUUAAGGGAAAAAUCCACUAUAAAUACGCCACUGUUUCGGAAAAGUUUCGGAAAUGUUUCAGAGAUGAGCUGGACGAAAGCUCAGCAUUCCUGUUCACACAGUACAGUGUGUUAUUGAUUAUAUUAUAACAGUGUUAUUGGAAAAAGAAGUGAGUAAAAAACAUUCUACCCCCUUUGUUCUGUAUAUAAAGGCAAUUAUAAGAAAGCUACUGUUACUGUGAGUGGAUCCUCAUCAAUUAUUCAUCUCAUUAACUCUUCUUUUUCUUAUUUUUUUGUUUUUUGUUUUGUUCAGAAUCUCUUUUCUUUAUGUUUUAAGCUAAUAGUAAAUCACUGGACUGGUUUCUCUGGGUUUUUCUCACUCCUUCAAAACGAAAGGUUUUCUUUGUUAAUGAAAACUGGAAACCGAUGAAAACAACGACGUGAAUUCUGAGGCUUUGUUUUUAAACCCUAGCAUGACGGGUGUAACUUAUUAUUAUUGUCAUCCUGGAUCUUAUUGUGACAUGGAUUUUUGUUCAUAUUGUUGUACAAGUGAUCAUGUUUUGAAAUACGAGAAAAAAAUAAAAAAACAACAGAAAGUAAUAUGAUGUACAACAACAAACGGUUCUACUACAAAAGGAAGAAUUGAGAAUUAUGUUGUAUUUCCAUGAAAUAAAAAAAGAUCUAACUGAC